AUGCCUAGAUACAAAUUUGAGCAUCAAAAGCAUUACCACGUCUAUUCUCGACGGGUUUUGCGUACAACCGCUGACCAUACCCGUAAACAACGACAAAAAAACUACGUUACCACCAUACCGUCGAUGACGAGGUCCGGUAAAUGGUCAUAUUUCUGUUCCUGGGAGUCGGACAAUUCGAGUACGCAAUCACUUGAAAUCGCGUGGAGAGCGGAUAAUAAGAAUAGCUCUGUGAUAUCCAGGGAACUAGACCAGUACAACAACUAUAGACACACCUGGAUUCCUGGGCUGACACACCCUAGCACGGCAGUAGCAGAGGAUGGAACCCCAUCAAUCCCCACCAUGUCGUACAUGGUACAAAACUGUGCAGACACAGGGCCACCUCAAGAUCCGUACCUGGUCGAGUGGACGGGGAAUGUAUGUUUAGACUUUGAAAAUGUAAAGCUGACAACAAGCACUGGGCGCAAGUUAGUAUACACUGGGGUUAUAUGUCUUGCAGUUGUUGCAGUGACAUGUUUGUCCUCGGUUUAUUCCAUGGCCAUGCCGGCCAUCACUCGCGAGUUUCUGGGAGACGACGGACAACAACCUCCUGCCGUAGUAACACUAGGGCUGACGCUGUAUCUUUUGGGAAUGGCGGUUGGGCCAUUAAUAUUUGCACCGAUGUCCGAAGUUUACGGUCGCAGAGCCAUGUAUGCAGUAUCAUUUUUCUUUGCACUAGGGUACAAUUUUGGAUGCGCGUUUUCCGAGACUUUGGGCGGGCUUCUUACAUGCCGGUUCUUGACAGGUUUAUUUGCAUCAGGGUUUUUGGGCAUUGCCGCUGGAACUAUUGCAGACUUGUAUGCAAGUGUAAGCGAAAUGCAACUUGCUAGCAUGUUAUUUACAAGUGCACCGGUGGUAGGUCCUGCAAUCGGUCCCAUGUUUGCAGGGUCAUUGGUGCACGAAAACGGAGGCAGCAACUGGCGAUGGUGUUUCCACGUCAUGUCGAUGGUUCUAACUGCAGUGUACUUGCUUGUUGUUCUAGUUGUACCUGAAACAUGUGAGGCCAUUUUGCUUGAGCACAAAGCGGCGCAGGUUCGUCGAGUGACUGAAAACAAUGAAUACUAUACCGCUCGAAGCCGGGCAAUUUUGCAUCGACACAAGGGGCUUGCUGAGCAACUUCCUGGACACAUGCGAUGGUUUGUGCCCAUGCUGGACUUGGCCAUGCAGGUGUGUAAAAGUGCGCAGACCCCCGUGCGUAUGCUAGUGCACGAGCCCAUGCUGGCGCUACUAUGCGGGUACUCUGGACUACUGCUAGCUGUAAUGUACAUGUUUUUUGUUUCAUACCCACGAGUGUUUGCACAGACGUAUGGGUUCAAUUUGCGUCAGGUCGGGCUGGCAUUUAAUGGGUUGUUAUGUGGGGCAUUGGCAGCUAUGCCAACUGUAUGGAUAAACCGGUGGUGGGUUAGAAAGCAAUAG